GAAAAAAAGAAUAGCAUUAGCAGUGAAGGAUGAAGAAAGCCAGUUUUGUUUUGGUUCUCUUCCUAUCAUCAAUAGUGUUGAUGAUAGAUAGGCGUUCAUGUUUGGAUCGUGGCCAAUUCCCUCCAUCUUUUCUCUUUGGGACUGCAACUUCUUCUUAUCAGAUGGAAGGAGUAUUCUCGGAAGGCAACAAAGGCCUCAGCAAUUGGGAUGCAUUCACCCACUUAUUUAUAUAUUGCCAGCUAUACUAUGGAAUUUCUAGUUCUUGACAUAUAGUUGACUUUAUCUAGUUUGUUAUUGGUCAAAUUCUCAUUUGCUAUUUAUCUGCUUACUUCAGGUUAUUUAAUUUUUCUCAACAUGAAAUUAGAGUACUGACUUAGUCUUAUUUUAAGGUUACAAGUGAACCAUUAAUGACCAACAUCAGCUACGUAAUUGUAUUAGCCCUCUCGAGUUUUUUUUUUUUUUUAACUUUGUUUUUCUAAUCAGUGAAACUUCUCAAUUAAUCUACUUUUCUUUUCCUUUUCAACUAACAUUAUGAGUGGAAGGUCGAUGUACAUAUAAUUGAUAAAUAUUUUUUGUUCAUGUAGCUAAUUAAAAAAAAUGUGACUACUGUUGUUAUCAGGAAAAAUUGCGGAUGGAAGCAAUGGGGAUGUAGCAGAUGAUCGCUAUCAUCUAUUUUUGGCAAUUGAUUAUUUUCUUCACUUAAAUAAUUGUUUAUCAGGUUAAGUUGUAUUAGAUAGGUCUCAAUAAAAGGUGGGAAAUAAUAGGAGGUGAUGGUUCUUCUUCCCCUUCUAAAAAUAAUAAAAAAAGAAGUUACUCAACAAUAUAAUAUAUUGACAAUAAAAUAUUGAAAAUAUUAUAAAUUAUGCUUGCAUUAAGACAGGACGAUACCGAGUUAAUGCAUAAUACUAAUCUUAGUUACAGAGGGUAGAUUUGGAGAAGUUAAUUCAGAGGGCAUUGUAUUUUACAAUAAACUUAUUGACGCUCUCUUGCUUAAAGGUAAAACACAUUGCCUUAUGUUAUGCUACUUUGGCACUUAGGAUUAACAUUUUUUUUUAAUUCUCAAUUUUAUAUAUACCUUUUUAAUUAUGUAGGAAUAGAACCGGUUGUUACUUUGUACCAUUUCGAUGUUCCUCAAGAAUUAGAAGAUCGAUAUGGUACUUGGCUAAGUCUACAAAUACAGGAUGAUUUCGGCUACUUCGCAGAUAUCUGUUUCGAGGCUUUUGGGAAACAUUGGAUUACCCUCAAUGAAGCUAACAUGGUGGCUCAAUAUGGCUACUACAGUGGAAUAUGGCCACCAAACCGAUGCUCUCACCCUGCAGGCAAUUGCAAAGCUGGAAACUCUGACUUAGAACCCUACAUUGCUGCUCAUAAUAUGAUAUUGGCGCAUGCCACAGCAACUGAAAUUUAUAGAAAGAAGUAUCAGGAAAAACAAGGAGGGAAGAUUGGCAUUGUACUGCAUUUCUAUUGGUAUGGGCCAUUGAGAGACAUUCCAGCCGAUCGUGUGGCUGCUCAACGAGCUCUAGGUUUCAUUGCGGCUUGCAUGGAGAAGACAAUAAUGUACUUCAAAGAUGGAUACAACAACACGCCCAUGUACAUAGAACGGAUAUGCACAGCCUAGUAGCAGAAACAUUGAAGAUAUGCUCAAUGACACGAACAGGUUAAAGUACAUGCAGGGUUAUCUCGCAAUAAGG